GUUUGAUGAAAGCUUAAUUAAAUAUGAGGAAUGUGUAAAAUAAUUCUCUUUGUUACCAGCUACUGUUAUCAUGUUAUCUCAUUAUAAUAACAAAAAUAUCUGGGUCAUUCAAACUGUAUAUUUAUUAUUAUUUUGUAUCCAGAACAGAGGACCACAUGGAGUAUCUGAUGAUCCCAGUACAGUUUUAUCUACAGGAUUUAAGAGUGAUGAAAACACUGUAAGGUCACUGGCACACAAGCAAAGUUUUACGCAAGGAAAAAAACAAAGUUCAUACUUUUGUUUCAUGUUUCACUCACAGGAAUAAAUAAUGUUAACUUCAAUGAAGGAAUGAUGGAAAGAACAGUAUGCGAUUGUACAACUUGCUAAUAAAUCGAAAAUAUUUAUGUCAAGUUUGCCCGGUCCAGACCUUUACAAUGGUCAGAUUUUCGUUAACUUGAGUAUUGUUAACCCGCAAUCUGAAUAUUGGAAACAUUCAGCAUUUCAGGACCAUCGAUUAAAUCUUUC